AUGUCCAGAACUUGAGGGAGGUUUCGGUUACAAUUCCCACCCCUAUAAAGACCCCAGCCAAAGCCGUGCCCUCCCGUGCGAGGCCGAGCCAACCAUGCUGUGUCGAACGACGGCGCCGCCGCUCUCUUCCUUCGUCUUCUCCAAGCGAAUCGCUUCACUCCACGGCGGCGCCGCCACCUCCUACUCCUCCUCCUCUUCCGCGGCGGCGGCGGCUGCGGCGGCGGCGGAGCCCGCGAGGGGCGGCGACACGAAGAGGAGCUCGUGGGCGCGCCGCGCGGUGCCCGUCGCCUUGCUCGGCCUCACCGGUGCCGUCGCCCUCAGCGCCGUGAACGAUCUCGCCCUCUUCCUCAGCUGUAGCAGCCAGGCAAUAGAAAAGGCGAGUCAGAAUCAGCAAAUAGUACAAGCUAUUGGCGACCCGAUCGUAAGAGGUCCCUGGUAUAAUGCUUCUCUAGCUGUAAAUCCUAGGAGUCAUUCCAUUUCUUGCACGUUUCCCGUGUCUGGCCCACAAGGAACUGGAAUUUUCAAAUUGAAGGCAGUUCGAUCUGGAGAUGACACUUGGUUCUCAUUUUUACAACACCGCCAAUGGGAUAUACUGCUAAUGGAUGCUAUCCUUGAUGUACCUUCAAAUGAUGGGAAUCACCAAAUGCUUAAAGUAACUGUCGCUGAUAGUUCAACGCCUCCACCUCCGCCUCCGGUCGAUUGCAAGGAAUGCACGGCUCUAGCUUUGACAAAACUUGAUGAUCAUGUGGACUCUGAAGAUUCUAUGGGAUUUUAAAUCAUAUUUCUAAAUUGUUUUGUGGCAUUUUAACUAGUGGAGAUUUGUCUCUAAGAGAGACAUGAUGAGAGAGAAUGUUAUUGAUGCACUAAACAAUAAGGGUAGACGUCUAACAGUUUAUUCAUUCUAAGAGAAAACAUGCUGAUUAUAAUUAUAACAAGAGAGAGAGAGGUUGUAGCCAUUUUUAUGAAGCCAUGCCGAUAUAAAUUUGAACC